GGCGGAGCACGGCGUCAGUCUUCCAGCGCCGACUCGGCCUGUACCCGCCUGCGAUCAGGGCUCGCGCUGCUCGGACCGGGAUGGCAGCGGCGACCGAGCCCGGGGCACGCGCCUGGCUGGGCGGCGGCUCCGUGCGCCCCAGCAGCCCGGCCAGCAGCCCUGUGCUGGGUGCCCGAGGCCACGCGCGCCAGGGGCCGGGGCCGGGGUCGGAGCGGGCUGGCGGCAGAGCCCCUGGCCCCGCCGCUGCGGGUCACAGCUUCCGGAAGGUGACGCUCACCAAGCCCACCUUCUGCCACCUCUGCUCCGACUUUGUCUGGGGGCUCGCCGGCUUCCUGUGCGAUGUCUGCAACUUCAUGUCCCAUGAGAAGUGCCUGAAGCAUGUGAGGACGCCGUGCACGGGCAUCGCGCCCAGCCUGGUGAGGGUCCCUGUAGCCCACUGCUUCGGCCCCCGGGGGCUUUACAAGCGCAGGUUCUGUUCUGUGUGUCGCAAGGGCUUGGAGGCACCCGCACUUCGCUGUGAAGUGUGUGAGCUGCACGUUCACCCCGACUGUGUGCCCUUCGCCUGCAGCGACUGCCGCCAGUGCCACCAGGAUGGACACCAGGACCAUGACACGCAUCACCACCACUGGCGGGAGGGGAACCUGCCCUCCGGCACGCGCUGCGAGGUCUGCAGGAAGACGUGUGGGUCCUCCGAUGUGCCGGCAGGUGUGCGCUGCGAGUGGUGUGGUGUCCAGGCCCAUGCGGUGUGCUCCACGGCGCUUGCUCCAGAGUGUGCGUUUGGGCGCCUGCGCUCCAUGGUCCUGCCCCCCUCGUGUGUGCGCCUGCUGUCCCGCAACUUCAGCAAGAUGCACUGCUUCCGCAUUGCUGAGGCUGUGGUGCCAGAGCCAGGUGACAGGGACGAUGGAGCAGAUGGAAUUGCUACCGGGGUGCUGGGCAGAGAGGCCCUGGUGGCUCCAGAGUCAGGCAAGCAGACCCUGAAGAUCUUUGAUGGCAAUGAUGCCAUCAGGAGAAACCAGUUCCGCCUGGUGACUGUCCCGCGGCUGGCCAGGAGCCAGGAGGUGCUGGAGGUGGCGCUGCGGGCCUACUGUGUCAUUGAGGAUGCUCGGGACUUUGAGCUGCAGGCGCUGCCCCUGCCUUCACUGAGUGGUGACACCCAGGCCCUGGGGAAGACUGGGCUAAGUGGUCCUGUAGAGGAGGAGGGCAGCAGAGUCUCUGGGCCCCAGGAGCCCAUGCCCGAGGCCUGGGUCAUUCGUUCCUUGCCUCGGACGCAGGAGGUCCUGAAGAUCUAUCCAGCUUGGCUCAAGGUGGGUGUGGCCUACGUGUCCAUCCGUGUGACCCCACAGAGCACAGCGCAGACCGUGGUGCUGGAGGUCCUCCCGCUGUUCGGGCGCCAGGUUGAGGGUCCUGAGAGCUUCCAGCUGGUCGAGGUGCUCAUGGGCAGCAAGCAAGUCCAGCGGACAGUGCUAGCAGAUGAGGAGCCCCUGCUUGAUCGGCUUCGGGACAUCCGGCAGACAUCUGUGCGGCAGGUGAGCCAGACACGGUUCUAUGUCACCGAGAGCCGGACCGUAACCCCACACGUCUCUCUGUUCGUGGGUGGCCUGCCACCUGGCCUGUCCCCCCAGGAAUACAGUCACCUGCUGCAUGAGGCUAUGGCCACCAAAGCUGCCGUGGUGUCCGUGAGCCAUGUCUACAACUCGCAAGGUGCGGUGGUGCUGGACGUGGCCUGCUUUGCUGAGGCUGAGCGGUUGUUCAUGCUGGGCAGGGACACGAUGGUGCGUGGCCGGCCGCUGUCGCUGCUGGUGCUCCCAGACGUGCUGCACAUGAAGCUGCCCCCAGAUUGCUGCCCGCUCCUCGUGUUCGUGAACCCCAAAAGUGGGGGCCUCAAGGGCCGAGACCUGCUCUGCAGCUUCCGCAGGCUGCUGAACCCACACCAGGUCUUCGAGCUGACCAAUGGGGGGCCUCUUCCUGGGUUUCAUCUGUUCUCCCAGGUACCCUGCUUCCGGGUGCUGGUGUGUGGUGGGGAUGGCACCGUGGGCUGGGUGCUUGGCGCUCUGGAGGAGAUACGACACCGUCUGGCCUGUCCAGAGCCAUCCGUGGCCAUCCUGCCCCUGGGCACAGGGAAUGACCUUGGCCGAGUGCUCCGCUGGGGGGCAGGCUACAGCGGGGAAGACCCGUUCUCUGUGCUUGUGUCUGUGGAUGAGGCUGAUGCUGUGCUUAUGGACCGCUGGACCAUCCUGCUGGACGCCCAGGAGGCCAGUAGUACCGAGAACAGUGUAGUGGACACAGAGCCCCCCAAGAUAGUGCAGAUGAGUAACUACUGUGGCAUUGGCAUUGAUGCUGAGCUCAGCCUGGACUUCCACCAGGCGAGGGAGGAGGAGCCUGGCAAGUUCACCAGCAGGUUCCACAAUAAGGGUGUGUAUGUGCGGGUUGGGCUACAGAAGAUCAGCCACUCCCGCGGCCUCCACAGGGAGCUCAGGCUGCAGGUUGAACAGCAGGAGGUGGAGCUGCCCAGCAUUGAGGGCCUCAUCUUCAUCAACAUCCCCAGCUGGGGCUCAGGGGCUGACCUGUGGGGCUCAGACAGCGACCCGAGGUUCGAGAAGCCACGCAUGGACGACGGGCUGCUGGAGGUGGUGGGUGUGACAGGCGUCAUGCACAUGGGCCAGGUGCAGGGUGGGCUGCGCUCUGGGAUCCGCAUCGCCCAGGGUUCCUAUUUCCGAGUCACGCUCCUCAAGGCUACUCCUGUGCAGGUGGAUGGUGAGCCCUGGGUUCAGGCCCCGGGGCAUAUGAUCAUCUCAGCUGCUGGUCCCAAGGUGCACAUGCUAAGGAAGGCCAAGCAGAGACCCAGAAAGCUGCUCCGAGUUCACACACUGGCUGGCCAGCAGAUGGACCCAUCACCUGGACCCCAGCAUCUUCCCAGGCCCAGAUGUUUCCGGCUCUUGUCCUUGUCUGGUGUUACGUGGACACUGAUGGGAGGCGGGUGGCCAUCUCCCCCUUGGCCCAAGGGCAGCUGUGUAGCAGGUGGGCACUGUUCCCUCAGGGGCUGGGAUCCCACACCGGUGUUAGUCAUGGAAGUCCUGGGGAAGGGAGAACCGGGAGAUAGGGCCCAGGCUUCCCUCCUGGGGGUCGACACCCUCUCUUUGUAACCCUCCACCUGAGCACUAUAACUGGACAGCACUGGACAAGGGCCACGUGUGCCACUCUGACCAUUCCCCUGGAACUACUACUGGACCUCCUACUGGCCCUGUAGUAGCAAGUGCUGUCAGCUUUUCCUGCCCCUCCCGGUGGGAAGGUGGCCACCUCUGUUUGUCUUGGGGAAGGUGCCUUCCCUUUUUUCCAGCUUGCACUGUGGAAUGUGGCUGCAGGGUCUGUGCAGUACUGACUGGGCCUGGCUACCCUUCUCUAGGGCUGGUGGCGAAGGCUAAGGCAAGGGGAACGGCAUUCCCACACCUGUCAGUCCACCUUGAGCCCAGUUGGAGUGUGGGCUGGGCCCUGAGCAUAUUCCCUUGGGCCCCAGAGUCCACGGGCAGGGCUGGCGUGCACUGGUGGAAGUGUAGACCACUGCCAGGCCUCAGGCUCAACCACAGCACUUUACAUGCCUGCUGCUUGCCAGCAAGUGUCCCAUGUUCCCUUCCUGCCCUGGCUGUGUACCCCAGGCAGUUCUGCUUCCGGGCCACCCUGGGGCACCAUGCCAAGAUAGCCCUUGCACCUCAGAUCCCAAAGGAGUUUGACCAGAAACGAGAAACCUAUGUGGGAAGUCUCCAGAGGUCCCAACCCUAAAAAAGAGACCUCAGUCAGAUCUUCUCCCUUUGUCUGCUGGCACUGGGUCUGCAUGGCCAUGGCCCUUGACCUCAGAAGUGGCUGUGGCCUGGCCUGCAGCCCUGGAGAGCCUUGGUGCCAUUAAGCCCAGCCCCUUCUCCUGCUUCUGCCAAAAUUGCACAAAUGCGUCCUGGGGGCCACUUGUGGUCUCUUGUAUAGACAUUCCUUGUGUUCAUGUCAUAUGUAAUGUCCGAAACACGUCUUAGUGGUGUAACUAGUUUUUGCCUUGAUUCUCAUUUGCAAGAAUUGUUUGUUUGUUGUGGUCAGUGUGGCUUGUCCUCCAUUUACGUGAGACUGUCUGCCCACUGGGUGUGUGUGUCCCUGUGUGCUAGUCCUGUGUGUGACUGACUAACCACUCCUUGAAUGUGACCUAAUUUAUAUCAGGAUGAAUAGAAUCUGGACUCCACUGUUC